AUUCACAGACUCCAUCUUGGUAUUUCUUUGCAUUAUUAUCAAUCGAUUGUUGAUGCCCAUAAGGAACCUUCAACUUCUUUAAUUUAUUAUCACUUGCAUGUUUCUCCUACUUCCAUCUCUAUCUUUAGAUUCACUCUUCUAUAUAAAGCACUCUCAAUAGUCCCUAUACUUUCCACCUUGUGACAAUGGACUUGAAAAAGUGUCUUCUAGUUGUUCUCUCUUUGGCUUUGGUUCUUGGACUUGGUGAGAGUUUCGAUUUCCAUGAAAAGGAUUUGGAGACCGAAGAGAGUUUGUGGGAUUUGUACGAGCGGUGGAGGAGCCAUCACACAGUGUCUAGGAGCCUUGAUGACAAGCACAACCGAUUCAACGUGUUCAAGUACAAUGUUUACUAUGUUCGCAACGUCAACAAGAAGGACAAGCCUUACAAGUUGAAGUUGAACAAGUUUGCAGACAUGACAAACCACGAAUUCAAGAGCACUUAUGCUGGUUCAAAUGUUAAGCACCACAGGAUGCUCUGGGGGAUCCCUAAAGGGAACGGGACUUUCAUAUACGAGAAGGUAGAUAUGGUCCCCCCAUCUGUCGAUUGGAGGAAGAAAGGUGCAGUCACUGGUGUCAAGGACCAAGGACAAUGUGGUAGUUGUUGGGCAUUUUCGACGGUGGUGGGUGUUGAAGGAAUAAACCAAAUCAAAACAAAGAAGUUAGUUUCUUUGUCCGAGCAGGAACUGGUUGAUUGCGACAACAACGAAAAUGCAGGUUGUAAUGGAGGCCUAAUGGAUUUAGCUUUCGAGUUCAUCAAGCGAAAGGGAGGAAUAACAACCGAGGAAAACUACCCUUACAAUGCUGCGGAUGGAACUUGUGAUGUUUCGAAGGAAAACCACCCAGUAGUAUCAAUUGAUGGACACGAGAACGUUCCCGCUAACGAUGAGGAUGCGCUGAUGAAAGCAGCUGCCAACCAACCUAUAUCUGUCGCCAUAGACGCCGGGGGUUCUGAUUUCCAGUUCUAUUCAGAGGGGGUAUUUACCGGAGGCUGUGGCACGGAGCUGGAUCAUGGGGUGGCGAUUGUGGGCUACGGAACAACCCUAGACGGAACCAAAUACUGGAUAGUGAAGAAUUCAUGGGGAACUGAAUGGGGAGAGAAGGGCUACAUUCGAAUGCAGCGAGGCAUCUCUGAUAAAGAAGGACUGUGUGGUAUAGCCAUGGAGGCUUCAUAUCCAAUCAAGUCCUCCUCAAACGACUCUAAAGGACCUCUACCCUCCCCCAAGGACGAGCUCUGAGCCUCUAAAUCACAUUUAGCUUUUACCUUUGAUCUGUGUCUCAGCUAAUAAUCUUCUCUGUUAAAAGUAUCAUACCUUGUUCUUCUUAUUUUAUAGGGAUCGAAGCUGCAAUAAUCCUCACAUAAACAAAUCAAAUUUGUACCACAAAAUUUGAUGCUAGUUACAUGUUAUGUCUGUUAAAGCUCUGUUUGGAGCUCAGGAUGAAAGAAAUCUGUCUUAAUAUAUUCACUUGCAAUCAUUUUAAGCAA